AUGGAGAGGAAGCAGGGAGGGUGCUGCUUGGCGCCCAGGUGCGGAGGAGAUGGGGGGCAGGGCCAGGCGUGGCAGAUGGGCAACAUCAUGCUCAAGUUCAGGCCCAUCGCGCCCAAGCCCGCCGCAAUGGCGCCUGCGCCCGUGACGGCGCCGGCGAUGGCCACGGCCGCGGGUGCUCGGAAGGGGAAGCGGAAGGCUGCUGCUGCUGGAAGGAGGGGACGGAAGCCCAAGAAGGCCACAGCUGUGGCUACGGCUACGGCGACGCAAAAGGCGGACGUCCACAAGGACAAGCCUCUGCCCUCGCCGUCCUCCUCCUCGUCGGGCACCACGUCGGUGGCGGACUCGUCCUCUCCUCCACCGCCACCGCCGACGCUCAUGCACGCCUCGUCACCAAAUAAGCCCGCAGAUCUGCCGCCUGCGCACGUCGCGGCGCUGCGGCCGGCGGCGUCGUGCGUCACGGUGGAGGCCGUCACAGCCACAUGGCGCGACGGCGAGGCGCCGGCCGCCCCGGCCUGCGCCGGCGAGGACGACGACGAGGAGGCCCCGGCGUUCGCGUCCGACCGGUGGGGCCGCGUCACGUGGACGAACCUGGCCUUCAGCCGCGCGGCGUCCGCUUCGGACGUGGUGCUCGCCGCCAGGGACGGCGCCGCCGUGCCGGCGUGGGGCGCCUGCGCCGGCUUCACCUGCCGCGUGCGCGUCGCCUGCGGGGCGUCCCCUCGCCGCGGCGGAUCCCUCGUGGCGCCUUGCGACGUCUGGCGGGUCGGCGACGGCGGGUACCUCUGGCGACUCGACCUCCGGACCACCCUCACCCUCUCCCUCGGCGGGCCUCGUGUAGCCAACCACAAGAACACAGUGGAGGAGUUCCUGGACGCGCCGUCCUCGCUGCCCAUCGACCUGGAGGCCAAGAACUCCGCGCCCGGCGACCCCCGCCCGCGCCCGGCGACCUCCGCGUCGCGCCCACGCGCCCGCCAACCCGCGCCGCCAGCCCCCGCUGCUCCGUCCACCGGCGGCCGCGCCUUGGGCCGUGGCUGGUCGCAUCCGGGCCGAAGGAGGAGAGGGCCGUCCUGGUCGCCACGGCCCCGCGUUGCUCCGCCACCGUGUGCCUGGCCCGGCCUGGUGGCCACCGUCGCCGCCUGCCCCGCAGUGAGGGAGACACGGGAGAGAGAGUCUGCUGAUUUAGCGGAUGAGUACAUCCGCUCAGCAGAAUCCACAAAUUUAGAGUCUUGCAAGAAAUUUGUGAUCAAAGUUUGCGAAGUAUUUGGGGACAAGUACCUAAGAUCUCCAAACGCAGAAGAUACUGCAAGAUUGCUUGCAAUAGAGGAGGAAAGAGGAUUCCCUGAUGGCAUAUAUCCACAGUGGGCAACAUUUGUGAAAACCAUACCAGCUCCAGACACCCAAAAGAAGAAGAAAUUUGCCCAAAUGCAAGAGGCGGCCGCCCCAUCUCAGCCGCCCCCGUCGCCCCAUCUCGGCCGCCUCCAUCGCCCCAUCUCGGCCGCCCCCGUCGCCCCAUCUCGCCUGCGCCGCCCCGGCCCCUACAUCCAGCGCCGCCGCCGUCCCCAUCUCGCCUGCGCCGCCCCGGCCCGGGCCCUACUUCCAGCGCCGCCGCCGUCCCCAGCCUAG